AUGGCGAUUGUUCGCGGAUUCAACACCGUCAAAGCGAAAGGUUACCUGCUGCGGCUCCCUUUAUUCACCAGAGCUAUCGUCUUUAUCAUAUUUUUCCUGUCGCUUCUUAGCCUACCGGGAUUUUGGGAUGUACAAGCUUGGGGAUCUCUGGUUCCUAGCAAAGUCUCGCUCUUCGCAGCGCAUCGCAUCAAUACCUUUCCACUUAUUCAUCUAAACCUUUUGCACGCGAUCGUGAAUAUAUUUGCGUUAACGCCUUUGAUGGAACGCUUCGAAAACGAAUAUGGCACAUUAACAUCUCUGGCCCUUUUUUUCGGGCCUUUAACCACGGUUCCUGCUGUGUUGUAUCUUGUUAUCGAGUCGGCAAUUUUGCAACUGAACAAUGCUAUCAUGGGCGCAAGCAUAUGGGUCUUUCUGCUUCUAGGCAUGGAAGCCAUCCGAACAUAUCGAUCGAACCCGCACCUAAUCAUCGGCACCCAUCACAUUCCAACCUGGACAACACCACUACUUUUGGCUUUUGUAGUAGCAGCACUAGUCCCGAGCUCGAGUCUCCUUGGGCAUAUAUGUGGUCUUGGUGUUGGAUAUAUCGCUGGCCUUGGCUACGUCAAAUAUAUUGCGCCUCCCGAGUGGGUGCUGCGAUGGCUUGAGGUGAAAUUAAACCUUCUUGCGACCUUGCCACAUUAUGUCAGUGUCGAUCAAAAAACAUAUGGUAGAUUUGGCGUUUUGCCCUCUACUACUCGCAUGGGAGGAAGCCCCGCCACCGAGUUGGUCGGUAGCACGCAGCGGCUAGGACCCUAG